AUGAUUUUAUUUAAAUCAUUUCUAUUUCACCUUCUUCUAUUAAUUCCAUCAUCAAUUGUUUUUGCUCAAACGGCAUUAUAUACAGCUUAUCAAAUAAGUUUUCCAUAUGUUACGUCAUGUUCAAACAAUCAAUAUUAUGAUACUGCUUUAUUACAAUGUUCACCUUGUCCACUUAAUGCGAUACAAAAGACCAAUGAUCCAACACAAUGUGAUUGUAUUGAUAGGACAUUUUAUUAUGGUGUAAAUCAAGGUGGUGGUUCAUUACUUUGUUUACCAUGUAAUUCAACUUAUAUACGAUCAAGUGAUGGAUUUGGGUGUGUUACUACAAAUAUUUCGUGCGGUUUGACAUGGCCGGAAAGUGUUAAAACGGAAUCAAACCUUGAUGGUAAUCUAUAUACAUCAAUCACGAGUUCUUCAAGUCAGCCAAGAAUUGGAAAUGAAACUUGUGUUCAAUGUCAAACUGGUACAUGGCCUGAUCCAGCUGGUCAACGAUGUACUCCAUGUGCUAGUGUCACUCCUCGACGUGAAAGACCAACGGGAAAUAUCAGAUGUUGUAAUGCUAGUGAAACUCUAGAUGGUACCUGUUUACUUUAUGUUGAAGAUACUUCAAUCGGUGGUUUUCUCUAUCUAAAUAGAUUCAGCACUCCUACGACAUCAGUAUUUUUUCAACAACAUUUGAGAGCAUCGUUUUUUCUUUGUCGAAUGAAUUUAAAUUCGGCUAAUACACGAUCAUCUACACGUACUCUUUUAUCGAAUGCGACAGCAUGUCAAAUUUUAGCAAAUAUUGCUACAAUGCAAUUUUUUUAUGGUAGUGAUGGUUAUGCAUAUGAUUAUUAUGAUAAUUAUAUAUGGAAUCCACAAUCAACACCAACAGUUUGGACAACUGAUACUAACCGAACAUCUAUACCAUUUCUUACUUAUCCAUUGACAUAUUAUGAUGAAAUAAGUGCUUCAACAUACAGUUGGAUACCAGCAAAAUUUACUCAAAAUGAUUUAAUGAGAAUUAAACUAGCUAAAUACUCUGUAACUGGACAAUUUUUAGGUCUUGUUGAUGCUUUUGAUACUCAUAUGCAAUUCUGUGGAGGUGGUUAUAGUGAUGGUCGACCUGCUUUUACAUUUGGAACAGUAUAUAAAAAAUCAUGUACUAUUCGAGCUGAUGUAUUAUGGAAUUCAACAUUAUAUGAAACGGCUUUCUUUGAUCCAUAUGUUGUAUUCACUCGAAAUGGUUCUGAUUAUAUGAUAUCAUGUCCGGUUGUUGUACUAAAUUAUCAAUUAUUAACUGGUACUUUUCCUAAUCGACUUGCUGAUGAAUCAUCAUGGAUUUAUCAUCGUCGUUUUUUUCUAGUUGAUCGUAUUUCAGGUUUGACAACCAAUAAUGAAUUAAGAAAUAUUCAUUAUGCUGAAUCAAUCAGAAUUCUAACUACGUUAACAAGUGGAGAAACAUAUAUUCAACCACCAGUUAUUAUUGUUGAAUACAAUGAAUUAUCUUCAAAUGAUAUAGGCAGAGGAAUUCUUGUUCAGGUUACAUUCGAAUCUCAGUAUCGAAUGGAUCUUAAUAAACAUAUUCUGGAUAUAUGGAUUGCUUUUGGUGUAUUAGCUGUUUUGGGUAUUAUCCUUGGAUUUUUUCGAACGAUAAGUUGGUAUUCACGAACAGGAAACAUCACUAUUGAUUUACUAACAAUUGGUAAAUUUUCACUUUAUUUAUGUAAUAUUCUUGGAACAAUAUUUUUUAUUAUUAUGUCGGGUGUUUCACUAUGGUGGUUAAUUUUUUUCAAAAGACAAGAUGCAAUAUCUCUUGUUAUGCCAACAAGUGCACAACAAGUAACAUUUACAGUACUUGUUGUUGUUGGUUUUAUAUUAAAAACAUUCGAUAUUCUUCAUUUAAUAUUUCGUCAAGCAUCUGCAGAUAUAUUUUUUGUUGAUUGGGAAAAACCAAAAGCUGGAUAUAAAAAUACUGUUUCUAUAUGGCGAACAUAUUUUGUUGCAAAUGAAUUUCAAGAAAUUCAAGCAUUUCGUCGUAUUAAUGUUACAUUUCAAUUAUUCUUUGUUUUAUUUUUACUUAAAGUAAUUAACUUAGAAAAUAUAGCUACUAUGGAAGCAGGUGUAAAUCUAUUUCCAUCAAUUGCUGACUAUAAACCUGAAUAUAAUGGUAUUCUUCGUGUUGGUAUUGCUUUUUCAAUGUGGCUUGCAACAGCUGUUGUUCAAUAUUUAAUUUAUGUAAUUUUCUAUCAACGUUUUAUUGAAGAUAGUAUACUUAAUUUUGUUGAUUUAUGUUCUGUAUCAAAUAUAAGUGUAUUUAUUUUUACGGAUAAUCUCUAUGGAUAUUAUAUUCAUGGUUUAUCACCACAUGGAAUAACUGAUGUUAAUAUGAAAGAAAUGAUAAUGAAUUUAGAACGUGAAUCAAAUCAAAUGAGUGGUACACGUGGUUUACAAGCAAAAUCUGAUGAACAAACAUUUAUUAUUCAACUUACUAGCAAAUUUCGUGCAGAAUAUAAUAUUUUAAUUUCCAAUUAUCAAAAUCAACAACGUAGAAAUGUAAAAAAUCUUCUUGGUGAACAAGAAGCAGAACUUCUAAUGAGAUCUUAUCGAAAUUUAAAUGAAUUUUUAUGUGCAUUUAUUACUCAUUCAUUACCAAAUGAUAGAUAUACUAUUUAUCGACGAUCGUUUUUAGAAAAACUUCUUAAUCAUGAAUUUCAAAAUCCUGCUUCAUUGACAUUAUCAGUAAACGAUCAAGAAAGUCGACUUUUUAUUGAUGGCGAAAAAAAUUUUACAAGAUCAUUAUUUACUGGUCAUGAAAAUUCAUUAUUUAUAUGGAAUGCAGCAACAUUUCUUUUUAUUGAUUAUUUUGCAUUUAAUUAUGUAUUAGCAGCAAUUAUUACAUAUAUAUUCAAUUUCAUUGCAGAGAAAAUGCGUUUAUCAUUCGGACGAAGAAAUUUAGCUGCUAAAACAUUAAUUCCCAAGAAUUUUCUUAUUUAA